GAUGGGGCGAUGCGGUGGGAUUGACGGAAUUGGGUGGGAGAGGGAAGCGAGGAGAGAAUGGGGGAAGAUGCUGAAGAAUCACGUCCACGUUUUGCUCCAGAUGGGCCCGUCUUCCAGGAGACAGGGAAGGGAAAUGUCUGUGAUGGAACCAGCUCAGAUACCGGUGACCUUCGAGGAGGUGGCUGUGUAUUUCACCCAGAGGCAGGGGGCUCUGCUUCACCCCGCUCAGAGAGCCCUCUACAGGGAUGUCAUGCAGGAGAACUACAAGAUGGUGACCUCGUUGGGAUUUCCCUUUCCCAAACCUGAGCUGAUCGCCCAGCUGGAACGAGGGGAAGAGCCAUGGGUGCCCGAUCUCUGGGACUGCAAUGAAAGAAGGCUUCCGAUAUACACCCUUACAGCUGCAAAUGUAUCUCCUUCACAGAAGCUAGUGAAGAUUAGAAGGAGAAAGCGGCGGACUCGGGAUGAUAUGUUCUCAGAGCUCCAGAUGUCCUCCCACGCUAACAGAGUACAGCAGAAUGCGUGGAGGCAGUCAAUGUCAGAGUGCAAAAAAGCACAAUAUGAACGAGAGGAGAGGUGGCGCGCUGAAUCGCGGGCUGAAGAGAGCAAGUGGCGGGCUGAAGAGGAUAGGUGGCAUCAGAUUGCUGAUAGAAGGCAAGAUGAUAUGCUCCAGCAAUCGGCGUUCCACAACAUCAACCUGGCCCAGUAA